AUGAAGUGGUAUAGAGAAGGAGAUGUAAAUUCAAAGUACUUCCACAAGCUAAUCAAUGGUAGAGCUAGGAAGAAAUUUAUUGGGGUUGUUGAAACCUCUCAAGGUACGGUUGAUUCAGUUGAGGGAGUGAAGGAAGUUGUUCAUAAAUUUUUUAAACUGAAGUUCACGGAAGUGGGUGUGGAGAGGCCUGGGUUGGAGGGUACUUUUCUAAAAUCCUUGUCUGAAUCUGAUGUUAUUUUCUUGGAAAGGCCUUUCUCUGAAGAAAAUUUUAAAUUGGCGGUUUGGAGUUGUCGUGGAGACAAGAGUCCAGGUCCAAAUGGAUACAAUUGUGUUUUUGAAAAAUUGUUGGUCUUUUAUGAAGUUGGAAAUCUUAACUCUUGUGAAGGACUUCCAUCAUCUAGCUUUUCUUCCUAA